AUGACCCGUAUUGUUGUUUGCGUAUCCAGCGCUGUUGGCGAAACAUGCAUUGCAGCCUCGCUUCUCCACUUAAUGUUAAUGAGCGGGGAACGUUAUUUAGCAAUCAAACACCCCUUCGCCUACGAAAAUGGCCUUGUAACUGAAGCCCGUAUUAUCAUGGCAUCUGGUAUGGCGUGGAUGUGCGCAGCGAUUGUCUAUGGCAUCAAAACCAGCAUCCUUCGAGAAAUAGGUGUUUUCUUUAUCUCAGCCGUUAUCUCCACUGUCGUUUAUUGUCAUGUUGUCAUAUACAAAGAAGUUCGUCGCAACACACAGCAAAUCAUCGCUAACCAAGUUUCUUUAGCAGUGAAGGAAAAGUUACUCAACAAUAAGAGAGCUUUUAACACAACUGUCGUGAUAGUUUUGACACUUUUCCUUUGUUAUAUUCCGACUUGCAUUUGGUUGAUUGUUUUCAUUUUCUUGGAUGGAGAAAAAUCCUUUGACGUAGGACAUAUCGCUUACUUCCCCAUUACAUUUCUGGUAUUGCUAAAUUCUUCGAUAAACCCACUCAUCUACACUGCAAGAAUCAGACACUUUCGCGUAGCUUUCUUUCAGAUGUUAACAAGAAAAACUUUUGCUCGAGGUGAGGAACUUGAACACAAGAUGUUUGGAGCAAAUCGUGUGGGAGUUGCAUGAACUGAUACACAAGCGAAAAUACGAGAGGAGUGAGAAGGAAAGAGAAAUUAAGAGAAUCAAUGGAAGUUUAUUGAUCUCUCCAUUGAAACGAGAGAAACAAAAAACUGAAUGAAAUUUGAUACUGAAAAACCUUUGCCAGAGGUCUUUUUCUGGACGUAGCCAGGACAUUUCAAAGGAAGGGGGAGGGUCACACUGUGUCAAAUAGAGGGUACUCACCAGAUUGUCAUGUCAACCUCCAUGCCGUGCCGAGUUACGUCCUUGCUAUCCAAUUGAAACCUUACACAUGUGGUUUUACUCGUAUGAAAACUUAGGUGUUCGGAAAGGUUAACUUAUUAUCGUCAGAAUUUUUAAGAAAAAUGUAGAUAUAAUUUUUUUGCUCGCCAAAUUUAUUAUUUGUUAGAAUUUUUGAUAAAGUGUUUCUAAGUUUUCUCCGGAAUUAAAAACAUCGCACUCAGCUCUUGUUUCUAGGAACAAAAGCCAACAUCAAGACAACUUUCCACUUAAUUAUCUACGUAGAUCAUCUUAGAUUGUCGGCUAAGUUCUGAGUAUGCAUUUAAACAUACAAUUCAACGUUUUCGUCAAAGAAAAGAAAUUCAUUGGUAUCGUAAGUAAUGUCAAGUAUGUUAAGUAAUGUUAGUUUUGUAAAUAUUGAAAAAGGAAAACAAAGAUGAUGUUAUCAUUAAAUUAAAAAAGCUAUUGGCUUCAUUGUAGUCAUGCAACAAAAUUCCGGUUAAGUGAGAGACAAGGGGAGAAUCCUUCAGUUCAUAGUGUGCCAAUAAAGAAUCAACGUAUAUAUGGCCAUAUAUAAACUUCAUCACCUUUUCUUGUGGUUACGAGUUUAUUCCUGUAAAUCACACAAAUAUCUUAUCUUGCGUAUACACUUAAGUAUCCAUUAAAACUGAUUUAAAAGAAGUUUAGAGGCCAACCUACCAAUACUUCUCAGAUCGCCAACUUUAUGUAUUAAUUGAUACAACGCAAGCUCUUUGAAAAAGCAGUUAAAUUGCAGUAUUGUAAGAAAAAGGACAUCAAUUGACGCGCAAGAAUGAAAGUAACGCUAAAUCGUCAAAAUCGACACGAAAAACAUUUCAGUGACUAGUUAUGUUCACAAACGUCUUUCUGCUCAGUUCAGAAACAUUUUCACCUGCGUUUAUUCUGCGUUCAACAUUAUCAACAUUUUCCAAUACCUUCACUUGCCCCCUUGCAAUUUUGCCAAACAUAGUGGUGAUAGUCGCCGUAAAAACAAAGCGACAACCCCCCUCCAAAUCAAGCGUCCCGCUCGCUUGUUUGGCUGCAACACUUUUUGCUGCGGGACUGAUUUUUUCAACUUACGGGUACCAGAGUGAAAAGUAGAUAACACCAAGGCGAGCUGAAAUGACGAGCUUCGAACCACGUGUGCACGAAGAAAGUGAAGUAGAAAAAUGGUUGUUUGACUAAGACCCUGACUGAAGACUCUUCGCUCGUUACUUUCCUCUACUAAUGAUCUUCUCUGUUACUCUCAAAUAAUGUUGAAGCGUAAGCGCAAGUCAUAAACUCCCGUAACGCAAAACUUCCUUUUUAAUUAUUCUUAUUAAUAUAAUUAAUGGUCUUGAUAUCAACAGGCAAGUCAAGAAUUUAAAGAAAGCGACAAAACUUUUAAGUCUGUAAUACAUUUUUCGACAGAAGCUUCUGUCAUCUUCAUUUAAUUAAUGUACAAAGCGUUGGAAGUUGAAUUAUAUAGUAAGUAGAACAAUGCAGGGCAUGAAAUUAAUUUUUUUUUCUAAUAGCCACUUGGCUCCUAAAGUUUUCAAAGUGGUAGCCAAUGCAAAAAAAGUUGGUCGCCAUUUUUAAAGAAAAACAAAGCUUUUUUUUUUAACGCUGUCAGCGUUUAAGAUAGACCCUCCAAAAUUAAGUUCUGCAAAGUGGACACUAGGAUAGGUGAUAUACAACGUUCGAGUUCACCUAAAUCCAAGAUGGCGUCUAAUUAUCGAUCGAGAUGCGUGUGCUGCGUUUUGGAAAUUAAACAAACUUAACAAGGACGUUUCUCUGAAAAUCUUUCAAAUUCUCUAUACCUCUAAGUAUGGUUAUGAUGAAGCAUUCUAGUCGCCAAUUUGGCGACUCCUUUUCAGGAUUUGGUAUCCUGUAUCAGCCUGUAUUAGGCGCAAUUUCACGCCCUGCAAUGCUAAUUAUGAUAAAUAGUGACAACAAGAAAAGAGGUAAAGCAUGAAAGUGUGACAAUUAAAAGGAUAGUUUUAGAUUCACAUGGUGUAAUUGUUGUUGUAAGGAUGGUUGUUCUCUUUGAAUAUGAAUAGCCUCUUUUAUCUUGGGUUGAAAACCGGUAGAGGCAUGGAAGUUAUCUGCUGAACACAAAGCGCGACAAUGUGCAAAACCUUUCAGACGCUUGAAAAUGUGAGAGGCCCUGUCACUGACUAAGUGCUCUCUAACAAGUAUGCAAAAUGUCAGCAGGUUUCAUCAACGUAACAGGCAUUACAGCCAGCACCUACAAACUUAUAAACCACACGUGAACGGAGCCCGUCAGGGACAGGGUCUUUCACACCAAACAAGUAGCUGAUCUUGAAGGAAGAGAAAACCAGCGUAAUAUCCAAGUCAUUGCAAUAGCGCUUAAUAAAAUGGCGGAUCUUUUUUUUUAGUGAUAGCAGAAAAGUGGCCCAUGUAGGGUAGCUUAAAGUAAAACGUAGGUGAAGUGGUGAGAAGGGAACCCCGGGAUGAUGAUUGCUUUGGGUCCCAGUGAUGUAACGGUUAAUAUAAUUAAUAUUAUCAUUAUUUGUUUUCUUUCUCCUAUACACCGUACGUAAGACAAAAAUGAACAGCAGACCCCUUUGAGUUCCCUAAGCGGGUAAUACGCUCUACGGAACAUAAGGAACUCAACACAUUCCAAUUUCUAAUUGGUUUAUCUAAUCUUCACUUCGUUCUUGGAAUAAAAGAAAUCAAGAACACAAACAAAUUUCUCACCAUUAGCCUCUGAGGUUGUGUGAAUAACCAUGGAAUUGAAAAAGAAAUGGCACAAUGUCCCCGUGCCUCAAGUGCCUCAGUUUUUCCAAAGAUCCAGGCUGUCGGCUGGGCUAAUCUUUCGGUAUUAGGAAUUGCUUUGGACGUUUCCAGUUUUCCACGCGAUUCCGUCCGUGAGCUCGACAAGUGACAUCUCAUCGAGCCUAAUUUUCAAAGGAGUUCCAGAAUCUGUCUUGCUCUAAAAAAUUCUUGGCUGAGCCGUCGUUUCUACGCCAAGACCUCUUGUAGAAGGCGCUCCAUCCUGAUAAAAAAAAGUACAAUAAUGUCUUUUAGUCCCUCAGGAGACAAAUAAAGACCCUGUGUGCUUGGAAUCAAACCAAUUACCACCGCAUUGCCAAUCCCUUCUUCUCCAUUGGACACAGCAUGUUUCCUUUCCACCUCUUUAGCAACAUUUCAAGCUGCCUCGGUGUCUUGAGUGGGUGCUUCAUGCCGAUGAAAAUGCGGCGAAAAAGACGCCUUAAUAUUUUUAAACCACAGUUUCUUUGGCCUUUGCCUUUGCUAUUAUUGGCUAAACAAGACUGUUCUGAAGCAAAACAAUCAAGUCAAAAUGAGCCAUCAAACUACCGCUUCCACACAAUAGUUGUAUGAGCUGUGCUUUAUAUAAGUUCAAAUUUAUCUGCAGGACUCUACAGGCAUGAAAAGUAGGUCAAUGGAAAAAUGGAUCUCGUGAUAAUAAUAAUGAUAUAGCACUAUCUGCGAAGGAAUACAAAUAAUAGCUAUUAUCAGAAAAAUGCCUCCUGAUUUUGAACUUGUCCUGAAUCGAUGGCACAAAAUAUCCAGCUCUACUUGUACGUCUGUCAAAUCCAUUCCUGUUUCAAACAGCCCAAAAAAUUGUUCACACAAAAAUUUAAUUGUUUACACAAAAAUUUAAAUCACAGAAGCCCCGAAGGAAGUUCACCUACAUCUUCGAUUAUUUAUUAAGAGUUAUUAAAAUAAACCUAUCCCACUUUGGAUUCCACUUCCGGCCAAAAAAGAAACAUUGACCUCUGUUUACUGAGACCAAGAAUUAAAGGAUAAUAACACCUGGCUAAUCGGAUAAUAUCCAACCUUUGUCAUAUAUUAGAUUAGACAGGAAAAACGAGAAUUCUACGGUUUGUAACCCAACAAAUAUACGGAUAGACUUUUUACAGGCUCGUCUUAUUAAUUCGAUUUUGGAACUCCGAAAGAAAAAAAAAACAGCCUUUUCCAGCAUAAAAUUAAUUUAAAAGGCGCAAAUUGCUCUUUUUUCGAAGAAUAAUCGCUUACAUUGAGACAAUUUUCCACUUAUCUACUAAGAUCAUCUUGAAUUGUCGGCCAAGUUCUGCAUACGCAUUAAAACAUUCAAUACAACUUCUUACUCACAGAGAAGAAAUCAAUAACAACCGUUAUUACGAAUCAAGACUGUAAAGAAACAACGUGCCAUAAACUACAUCACCCUUUUAAACUCGUGAAUUGCGCGCAUGCGCAAGAGCGAGUUGUAGAUACGAUGAGGGAAUAGCACUCGCUCGCUCGAUUGGUCGAUUCCUGUAAACUUUUUUUCGAUUUUAGGCUUUUGAGUGCAUUUGAUAGUUUUUGGCGAGCAAUAAACAAACGAAAUGGCGACCUUUGUUGCUAAGAAUAGUGGUGGGGUGACAAAGAAGCCAAUGAUAAUCUUAAAAUUUUUUUUUUUUUCGUUUUAGUUUCAACAAGCGGCGCCAGCGACUAGCAGGCAUGCAAGGAUUCACACUGAAAUAACAGAAAAACCUUCGUUUUUCAUAAAAUUGCAAUUUACAAUCCUUCAACUUGAAAAUAAUCCGACGAUUCAUUGUCCUCGUUGGGAUUGAGGACAAAAUCGAUCAUUACGUUUCGUAUCGUGUGUUUUUCCUGUGAGAAACAACAGAAGAGCCGGCGACUAACGAAAUUACAAGUUAACACGAAAAUCAAAUAACACCUAAACAAACAAUUUUAGCUACCGAUUUUCAGUGAAUUUUUAAAGAACAAUUUUCUUUUAAGUUUCAAGACAAUUUGAAGAUUCAAAAUACUAAAAUGCGAAAGUUAUAAGCCACAAAAUUGAUAAAUAGGCCUGAAAUGAAAUUCUAUCUUGUUAUUGAUGAUACGUUGCCUAGCACGUGACUAAAAUCUACCAGGGCGGAGAUCCAAAAUGACGGUCGCAGUCUUGGCUUAGUUAUAUCACUCAAAACUCCUUCCCGUUUGUCUUAUUUGAUAGAGAGGGAAUCGUUAAUGUUUUCAUUAAGAAAGUAUUGCCUUGAUUUUCUAAUAUUUAUAAUGAUAGACAGUAAAUUUCACUUUUCACCCACAUUUACUUCCAACCUUUUCUUUUGAACCAGAAACAGAAAUGAUAUACGUUUAAAACACAUUACAUCAUCCACCCUUGUCAAUACAAUAGCAUGAUCAUUUCAAUUGUAAUGCCUUCUUAUCCCGACGUUACUUUGUUUCUUUGCUACAUUAGCGAACACUGAACUACUGCUCGUACUCUGGAUAUGACAAUCAACCACAAAAUUCCCUAAACCAGAUAACAUCAAACAUAAUCCAAAAAAUCAUAUGUCAAUUCACGAGUUUGCUCACCGAGCACUUUGAUUUGUUUCCUUUGUGUGCGACACAGGCAAAUUGUAACAAUACGCCUAAGCGCUGCUCACUCUAUUUUUCUGCUGCUUAGACAUACUUGUGAAACCCAAACAGGUGAAAAGCAUUAUCCUUAAUGGCAUCCUGAGUUUCAGUUUGGACUCAAUGAAGCUAUUACCAGUGUUGCCCUAAGAUUUCUUGGUUGUUCUACUUAACAGGAUCAUCCCUCCGUCCCUAUGGCUUACGUAGCCUUAUUUCUAUUUUUGCUUUAUUAGAUCUUUUAACCUCUCUGCUUACACUGACGACAGUUUCGUUGGUAAUCGUUUCUCAAUCAAUUGGAUGACUUUAUUUACAUUCACUGUAUUUCUCGAUUGACAACAAUACACGUUGAAAAUGAAUUAAUCAAAAAGGCCUUCCGAGAGGAAAUCAGAAUGAAAUUACCAUUAAGUUGUUAGUUUUUGGCCCUCAAAGGCCAUCCCUUUUGAAUGCAUCAUUUUAUUAGCAAGCUUUUUGUCCUGAAUUCUCAUUCAAAUCGUUCAGAGAAAGCACAGGCUAGUUUUAGAGUGUUGCAAAGAAUUGAGGCCAAUAUCCGGAAUACUUUUCCACCCAUCUAUUCAGAUCUUUUGGGAUUGUUUCUUUUCCAGUUUUCCGCACAUACAUUCAAACAAACGCCGACACUAUAUCACCUUUCUCACAAAUAAAUCUUCUGAAUUUUAUUCUGCGUUGGCAGUAAGAGCUGCUUUGAACAUCUUCACCUGUCCUCUUGCCAUUCUCCUGAUUAUUAUUAUAUCAUAGCAAUCGAGAAAUUAUCGACUGCAAAAAUACACAUUGAAAAUGAAUUAAUCAUGUAAGGGUUUUCGAGAGGAAAGAAAAAUGAAAUUACCAUCCAGUUUUCAAUUUCAUGUUUAGCUCUGAAAAGCCCCUUCCUAACUGCGUCAAUUUUUUUGGGAAGCUUUUCCCCUGCACUUUCUAUGAAAUAAUCUAAAUAAAGCAAAUUGCCCUUGGAUUGUUACGAAGAGCAAAAGCCAACAUUCAAGUACUUUUCCACUCAACUUCUCAGCCUUCCGCCCAUACAUUAAAACAGACAAUACACUUGUGCUGAAGUGAAAAUCAAACAACAAUAGUAAGUUGUUUCGUUGUUGUCAUGCGCCAUAAAACACAGUUAAGUGAGAGACAUGGAAAGAUUUGUUCCACUCCACAUGCCGCUAUAAAGAAUCAACAUGCUUAACACUAAAUCACCUUUUGAUCCUUUCGAAUUUAUUUCAAAAAAACGCGCAAAUAUCACUUCUGGCGUUUAUUCUGUGUUAGCAAUAACCGCUGCUUUGAAUAUCUUCACUUGUCCUCUCGCAAUUUUACUGAAUGGUCUGGUGAUUGUUGCCGUUAAAACAAAGCGAUAUCUUCGCACAAAAUCGAAUAUCUCGCUGGCUUGCUUGGCCACAACAGAUUUUGCUGUGGGACUGAUUGUUCAACCGUUUGUCGUAACCAAUUUCAGCUUGUUUUUCACAGGUAGCAGCCUUCAAACCAUGAUCUCUACUUCUGUUUGGGUAUUCAGCGUUGUUGGCCAAACAUGCAUUGCAGCUUCGACUCUCCACUUGUUGUUAAUGAGCGGGGAACGUUAUUUAGCAAUCAAACACCCCUUCGCCUACGAAAAUGGCCUUGUAACUGAAGCUCGUAUUAUCACUGCAUCUGGUUUGGCGUGGAUGUGCGCAGCGAUUGCCUAUGGCAUCAGAGUCAGCAUCCUUCCAGAAAUAAGUUUUGUUUCUAUCUCAGCCGUUAUCUCCGCUGUAGUUUAUUGUCAUGUUGUCAUAUACAAAGAAGUUCGUCGCAACACACAGCAAAUCAUCGCCAACCAAGUUUCUUUAGCAGUGAAGGAAAAGUUACUCAAGAAUAAGAGAGCCUUUAACACAACUGUCGUGAUAGUUUUGACACUUUUCCUUUGUUAUAUUCCGACUUGCGUCUGGCUGAUUGUUUUCAUUUCCUUGAAUGGAGAAAACUCCUCUGACGUAGGAAAAAUCGCUUUCUUCCCUAUUACAUUUUUGCUAUUCCUAAAUUCGUCGAUAAACCCACUCAUAUACACAGCAAGAAUCAGACACUUUCGCGUAGCUUUCUUUCAGAUGUUAACAAGAAAAACUCUUGCUCAAGCUGAGGAACUGGAAAAGAAGAUGUUUGGAGCAAAUCGUGUGGGAGUUGCAUGA